AUGCGCAUCUCUUCUAUUCUAUCCCUCGCCGCCCUGGUGAGCAUAAGCUCAGCGAAGCCAUCAGGAUGUGGAAAGAACUUCCCCGAAGGAUUUCCCACUCCCGGCUCGAGCAAGACGAUCGACCUACCCAACAGCGACCGGUCUUAUCGCAUCCAUAUCCCCGAGAACUAUGAUGUGAACCGAAGAACACCAGUAUACUUUUCCUUCUGCGGUGCCUCUCGCAACGGAAAAGAGCAGGAGGGCCUAUCUCAAUUUUCCAACCCCGAAUUCAACCCCGAUGGCAUCGCGGUCUACCCCGAAAUUUGGCUCUCCAACUCCCUCGCCAACACCUCCCACCCAAACGACGUCGACUUCACCAACGACCUCCUCACACACCUCGAAGAAAAACUUUGCGUCGAUCCCAGCCGAAUCUACGCGAACGGCAAGUCGAACGGAGGAGAAUUCGCCGCCGUGAUCGCUUGCAACGCCACAGUCGGCAGCCGCUUCGCGGCCUUCUCGGUCGUCAGCGGAGCCUGGCACGAGACUGGCGAUGUCCCCGGCGUCGGCCCCUGCGAGCCUGCGAUGCGUGAAGAGGGGUAUCCGUUCCUGAUUUUCCACGGCACAGUCGACCAGACCGCGCCGAUUGACGGAAGCAAGGAAGAUGACGAAGUAUCCCUGAUCGAUGUGCUACACAAGUGGACUGAGCGCAACGGAUGCGAAAAGGACGCGAAGUGGAAAAGCAAUGUCACUGUCUUCGAAGACCCGUUAGUCAAGCACGCGAGCUGGGACUGCGCGGGCAAGAAGGACAUUGUCCAGUUCUACCGGGAAGAAGACAAUGGCCAUUGCUGGCCCAGCACGGUGCCCAACGAUGAUUAUGAGACUAUGGGGCGGAAAAAAUGUCCCGGGGGACAUUAUGUGUUCAACGCUACGGAGUAUAUUUUUGACUUUUACAAACAGCAUCGGUUGAAUCAGAUGGUUUGA